GCGCUCUCUACCAUCGCCAGUUCUGCGAUUCAGCGGCCUCCUCUAUCGAUCAUUCAGUCGGCCAUGGUCACCCCAAUAGUCGCCGCCUCCGCCGUUUUCGGCCUCCUGGUGGUGCUCGCAUCCGGCCAGCCCUACGACCAGGACGACCGCAGGGCCACCAGAGCCCUGUACGACGAAGUCCGGCAAUUGCUGAACCUCAACCAGGGGUAUUUGCAGGACGCCCCCCAAGCUGAAUUGGCCACUAAAUCAGACAAACCAGAUACUCCGAGAGCAGUGAAAAACUGGCCAGAAGAGAACUUGAAAUUGGGACAAGUGUCAGGCGUCUCCGUAAACGCUGCUUUACAACCCGUCAUAUUCCAUCGAGUUGAUCGCGUUUGGGAUCAAUUCACAUUCAACGAAACUCAUCAUUUUCAACAGGCACAUUUGGGACCAAUAAGAGAACCCACUGUUCUUACGUUAGAUCCUCUAAACGGGAAAGUGCUGGGAAAAUGGGGAGCUGAUUUGUUCUACAUGCCCCAUGGUUUAACAGUCGAUAGGCAUGACAAUAUUUGGUUGACCGAUGUAGCUUUACAUCAAGUAUUUAAGUUCAAGCCCGGAGAAUUGCAACCCUCCCUCACCUUCGGCUAUAGAUUUGAACCUGGAUCGGACGAGAAGCGUUUUUGCAAACCAACUUCGGUGGCAAUCGCUUUGACUGGAGAGAUCUUCAUUGCUGAUGGGUAUUGUAACUCUCGAAUACUCAAAUACAAUGCAGCAGGAACUCUUCUACGGAUAUAUCCUACACCACCAGAAGCGUUGUCUCUGCAAGUACCCCAUGGGUUGGCGCUCAUCGAGCCAAUGGACAGGAUUUGCGUCGCUGAUAGGGAAAAUAUGAGAGUAGUUUGUCCAAGAGCAGGACUUUACACUCUGCAGGGCAAGAAAGAACCUGCCCUUACCAUCACUCAACCAGACAUGGGACGAGUAUUUGGGGUAGCUGCUAAAGGUAAGCUCAUUUACGCCGUGAACGGCCCAACGUCCACGCUUUCCGUCCAGGGCCUGACCAUCGACCCACAGACGGAGUCGGUCAUCGAUCAUUGGGCACCCGAGGAGGGUUUUGGAAAUCCACACGACAUUGCGGUUUGCCCAAACGGUUCUGCCAUAUACGUAGUAGAAAUAGGACCGAACCGAGUAUGGAAAUUCGAGCUUGUUCCACCUAAAAAGUAAUAGUGUACCCACCAGAAAACUGUUAAUUUAAAUAAUAACUAAUAGGUACUUAACAUUUAAAAUAACUGCUUCCGAAUUAAGUUUUGUUGUACACUGUAGUUUAGCGAUUAUAUUAGUUGUAACCACAUCACCUCGAAUAUAUUUUCAAGCGUCGUUCCAGCAUAUCAGACGAAAGUAACAGACUUUUGUUGAUUAGUUACAUAUUAACAAUUAGAAAUAUUUCGAGAAUUGUAGGUCUCACCAAGAAGUUACGAAUUGAGAUUAUAAGCUAGUGCUUCAGAUAUGUUUCUACAUGAUGAAUAUAUUUUAUAGAUUUUUAAAAUUUGUAAGGGGAGUACGUAAAUUACAAUACAACUAUUGUUGCGUUAUCUUGAUUAACUAUUAAUAUGUAGGUAUAGUAUUUAUUUAGCAAUUAUGGAUAUAUAUUAGACAAUAAAUUGUUUUAAAACUUA